AAUUUAAUCUAUCUGAACUAUAAUACAUCAAACUAAAAAUGUCAAAUGCAUCAUCAUCCCCCGACCAAACUCAAGGAAAUGGAGUCGAGAUCAUCAACAUCUCAGAAAUGGUAAGAUUACUGACACAAUCCAUGGGACAGGACCCCAAAUUACUCAAGAAAACAGCCGGUAGAGAGUGUUGUUCCAUCUUUCGAGUGCCUCCGAGCAUUAUGAAAAUCCAUCCCGAAGUAUUUCGACCUCAAAUACUCUCCAUUGGUCCGUACUACCACGGGGAAAAUCACCUCGAAAUGAUUCAAGAACACAAACGUCGGUUUCUUGCUGUCGUUUUAAUGCGAACGCAAGCGUUUAACGUCGGUCUUGACGAUUUCUUCCGAGCUAUACAUGAAAAGGUGGAUAGAAUAAAAAGUUGUUACUCGGAGACUAUUGAAUGUAGCAACCGUGAGUUAAUUGAAAUGAUGGUUCUUGAUGGAUGUUUUAUCAUGGAGCUCGUAUGCGUCGUUGGUAGACUAGUCGAAACACCGGAUGAAGAUGAGUCACUGUUCCAAUUGCCAUGGAUCUUGAAUUUUCUUUCGAGAGAUCUUCUAAAAUUAGAGAAUCAAAUCCCUUUUUUUGUUAUUCAAACUUUAUUCGACCUUUCAUUCCCUAAUAAUACAUCAAGAUCCCCCUCCUUGACGAAGCUCGUAAUGGCGUUUUUCGAUUAUUCCAUACAAAGAACCGAAUGGGAUAGGUACACGAGCAAUAAAGGCGAACAUUUACUCGAUUUAAUUCGCUCCACAUUCAUACCUUCAACUAACGACAACAACAACAACAACUACGACGAUGAUGAUACAUCGAAUAGCGGGUUUCUCCAAUGCAUUCAACCCGUAGAAAAACUCCGCGCAGCCGGAAUUAAGUUAAAGAAAAAGAAAGACGCGGAGAGUUUCUUGGAGAUCAAGUUUAGUCCUAAAAACGGCAUUCUUGAAAUAGCUUCAUUGGAAACACACGACUUCAUGAGCACAUUCUUACUAAACUGUGUCGCAUUCGAACAAUGCUACGGAAACUAUUGCCUAACACACUUCACUUCGUACGUUAACUUCAUGGGAUAUCUCAUGAACUCGAGCUCCGACGCGGAACAUUUACGAGACAAAGGAAUUAUAGAGAAUUACUUCGGAAGUGACGAGGAAGUUGUUAAAUUCUUUAAUGAUGUCGGAAAAGGUGGGUUUUUGGAUCUUAAUCGGAGUUAUUUGAAGAAAGUUAUUGAAGAUGUGAAUGAGUAUAAUAGGAAUAAAAGCAAUGUUCAGUGGGCACGGUUCAAUUACAAUUAUUUUCGGACUCGAUGGAUAUUCUUAUCAGCUUUUGCAGCUCUCAUCAUCCUUGUUCUUACCGUUAUUCAGUCAUUCAUGUCUGUUUUUGCUUACGUUAACCCACCUCUUCAGUAAUGCAAGGGUUAAAAUCCGACAAGAUAAGAUGGUUAAUUUCAAUUUGUUUUUAAAUGUUGUUUUUUUAAUGAUUGCUUUGUAAGUUGGAAUUUCUAUUAUUUUCAAUUUGAAAAUUUAAUUUCUUGUGUAUGAUU